AUGGGGAGCAUUGGCAUAACAAGCGGUGUCGAUGGCGCUGUCAAAUAUUCCGUCCCCAAAGAAUCGCGCAGGAUACUUGAGGAAGGGAUUCUAUCCAAUCCUCUGAUCGCCAAAGACCUGCCAGAAGGAACCGCAGAUUUUGCCAAAUCCAUCAACUUCGUCGGCUCAGACGCGCCGAGUAUCCCCAUCAACUGGCGCUUCGCCGAGUCCGCAGCGUCACUGAAAGGGCUGGAAGCUGCCGUUAUCGCGCAACUGGUGAAGCGGAAAUACGGGAAGACCGUUUCUAGCGCAACAAUCAACACCGACCACGCCUCGCUGUUCCUGAUGUCAACGUUGCUGUGGACGAUGACCACAGACACCGGCGAGGUGAUUUCCUACAAAGACGCCGGCGGCAAAUCAUUCGACCAGUUGAUUCCGAAUUUCGAUAUUCACCGGCAAGCGUCCUCGUACCACCGCGUCGCCGCCACCAACAUUCACCGCACCAAAGACGGCCGCUUCUUCCAUCUCCACGGCAGCAUGAACCCCGACCCCACGCUCGAUAGCAUAGGGCUGCCGCAUGACAUGGACAACGCAACCAUCGAAGACUCCUGGAAAUCAUUCAUCGAGAAACUCUCCCAGAUCGACAGCGCCGAAAUGCAGCGCCUUGCCUCUGACGUCUACAAGCAAGCCGGUGUGGUUACAGAAACCCUAGACUCCUUCCGCGCCUCAGAGCAUGGCAGAGCCAACGCACAUGUCGGGCUGUUCGAGAUCCACGAAGCACCCAAUGCCUCCCAGCCGGCCGGCUGGUGGCCAUCCACUCCGCAAACCUCCGCCUCUCGCCCCCUCGCCGGCCUGAAAGUUGUCGACCUCACGCGCGUCAUCGCCGCACCCGCAGUCACGCGCGGCCUCGCGGAGCUUGGAGCCUCCGUCAUGCGCGUCACGUCCCAGAACCUCGUCGACUUUUCAGCUCUGCAUAUCGAUUUGAACUGGGGUAAGUGGAACAGCCAUCUAAACCUGAAGACAGAAGAAGGGCGCGCCGCGCUUCGCGCCCUCAUCCGCGAUGCCGAUGUCGUCGUCCAGGGCUACCGGCCCGGUGUGCUGGACAAGUACGGCUUCAGCCACGAGGGGAUCAUCGAGCUGUGCAAGGACCGCGAGCGCGGCAUCAUAUCCGUCCGUGAGAACUGCUAUGGCUGGAACGGCCCGUGGGCGUACCGCAGCGGCUGGCAGCAGAUCAGUGAUGCGUGCGUAGGCAUCUCUUGGGCGUUCGGGAGAGCCAUGGGCUUGAAGGACGGUGAGGCUGUCACGCCUGUGUUUCCUAACUCGGACUACAUGACCGGGAUUGCGGGCGUGUGUGGGAUUCUGGCGGCGCUGAUGAGGCGUGGCGAGAAGGGUGGCAGCUACAAGGUUGAUGUCGCGCUGAACUACUACAACCAGUGGUUGGCAAACAGCGUGGGUGAGUACACAGGUGAGACCUGGAAGACUUUAUGGGAAAGGAAUGGGAGGCAGGUUUUCAGAUCGUAUCACGGCAUGACAUACACGAUUCCGCGCGUCCUAGACAUGAUACAGAAGAAUAGCGGCGAUGUCGUAUUCAAUCCUAAGUUCUUUGAGAGUCGUGAAUCGAAGGCGCUAGGCGUUAAGAUUCAUACUGUCAAGCCGAUCAUCAGUUUCGAUGGUGGCGAGAUUGAUCUGCGAUAUAAUGUUGGCACGAGAGGGAACGGCAAGGAUCAGCCUAGGUGGCCGGAUGAUUUAACGAGUGAGAUUGUGGAGUGA